ACGCAUCAACUGCGGCGAGGGGCGGAGACGCGCCUCCCUCUCUCCCUCCCUUCUUCUCUCUGCCCGCGCGAGCCAGGCGCGCCCCCGAGCGUCCUCUCAGCCGCUGACUCCCGAGCCCGCUGAGUGGAGAGCGUCGCGCGAGAGAAGCAAAUCUGGAUGAAAGGUCUUUGGGAGAGACAAUGAACUACUGCUAGGCAGUCCAUUCUGCUGUUUUUUCUAAUUAAUACCUGAAGCUUGAGGCACCAGGAGUCAUGUCAGACUGGCUGCUCAUUGGAUUGUUCUUGGCACUGGUUGUUCUUCUGCUGCUGACGAUCUUUGGUUUUGCUGUGUAUUCGGGACUCUUUGCAGAAGUGGUUGUCAGCGCUGGCUUGCCCCCAGUUGGGAACAUCACUGUAGCAUACAAAUUUCAGAUUGGACCAUAUGGUGAUAGUGGAAGACUGUUCACAGAGAGCUGCAGCAUCUCUCCAAAGUUGUGGUCCAUUGCUGUGUACUAUGACAAUCCUCACACAGUGGAUCCAGAGAAAUGCCGUUAUGCUGUGGGUCGUGUUCUGAGUGAAGGAGAAGAGAAGCCAUCUGAGGAAGUGGUCCGCAUGUUCUUGAAGUAUGGUUUCAAGAUUAUCAGCUUCCCAGCCCCUAGCCAUGUAGUCAUGGCAACCUUCCCCUACACAACUCCUCUGUCCAUCCAUCUGGCCGUGAACCGUGUCCACACAUGCCUUGACACAUAUAUCAAGGAGAGGAAGCUCUGCGCCCAUCCCAGAUUGGAGAUCUACAAAGGCGACCAGAUUUAUUUUGUGUGCCCCCUUGCUCGUCAAGGAGACUUCUAUGUGCCUGAAAUGAAAGAGCUGGAGAAAAAAAACAGAGCAGCAGCAGAGGUUGAAGAUGCUCAAACAGAUAUAACAGGAGCCGACACUUUGAGUGAGACCAGCUCUAUCAGCAUGGAAGCCACAACCGACAGUAGAGAGACUUCAGUGGCCACCUCGGUGUUGUCCCCGUACAUGUCUGGCCACGGCCGUGAAGAAAUAGACAAUCGGAGUGAGCAUAGUUACAGUGAAUCUGGAGCCAGUGGCUCCUCCUUUGAGGAACUGGACUUGGAAGGCAAUGGUGAAGGAGCAGAAGGUUUGACUUCUGACCUUGGCUCUGCUGAGGACCAGGACGUCACUAAGGGCAAGUGGACCAAGGAGUCUAUUGCCCUAGAAAAAGAAAAGGACGAAGAAUAAAGCCAUCUUUUGACUCAUGUAUCUUAGGGAUUGGAAAGAGAAAGUGAUCAUCUCUCUUAUUUUCUGUCCAGUCAAAAGAUUUUGUUCACUGAUUCAUAUUGAGACCGAUCCUACUUUUUGUCUACAGCCAGAUAUUUUGAGGUAUGAUAAAGGAAGAGAGAUGACAUCUGAGGCAACCAUGUUUGGUUGCCACUAUCCUCUAUCCGGGUUUAAGGGUGUGUGUAUGUGUGUGUGUGUAUAUAUAUACACACACACACACACAUACACACACACAUGCAGUAACAGGAAACUGAGAGUGGAAUGGCAUGGAAUGGUGGUGGGGGUCUCUUCUAUUGAACAGUAUAUUGUAUUGAACAUAGUGAGUGAAAGAGAGAGUGAGAGUAAAUGUAUGACCAUGCAAGGAGCACUAUAGAUAGACUGGUACAAUACAUUUGUGUACAAAUUCUUUCCUCUUCUCUCUCUUAUCCCAUACGUCUCAUACUUGCUCCCUUUUUUAUAACUUGCACACAUUGACUGGCAUUACAUUCAUUAAUAUCAAAGAGAAGUAAUUAUAUUUGGCACUGGAAAAAUGUAGUGCAAACCAUUAAUCCUUAAACUGACAUCUGUGCUUUCCUAAUCAGUUAUACAAUUAAGUUUCCCUUUGAAAUCUGAAGGUUUGCAAGCAGAACGACUGCAACACCAACCACUUGCCUCUGUUGCCUUUCCUAUUAUUCCUUACUUCAUCCUGCAAUCACCUUCACUUUCCCUCUUUUGGAUUGAAUGUUCAUGGAAUAAACCAAGUUCAUUGUAGUUUUAGUAAUUGUACAUAUUCACAUUUGUUAGUCUAUCUCUGGAAACUGAGCUUGAGAUGUUUCCAGGUUAUCUUUUGAUGUAAAAGAGUCCAUUUGAAAGAAAUCAAUACUGUUGACAUUGAUAAUGUCAUGUUCCUGUAAUCUUGUCAAAAAGCGGUGGCGACUCAGCAAUAUUGUAGCAUAAUAGAUACAGUAGCAAUGAUGCUACUAAGCCUGUCCAGUCCCGGAACCCAGAGAUUGUAUGGUAGUUAAAUACAUGUGAGCUUAACAUAUCCAGAAUAGACCAGAUAGGUAUGAUAUAUGAGUAUAGUGGUAACGGAAAUGGAUUUCAUAUAAACAGAAAUGAUGUAUAUGACAUAUAUGCACUAUGUACAUGUCUCUCUAAUCAUUGCACAAGGAUGUAUUCUGAAGCUCCUUGCACAAUGUUCCCUAUCCUUCCCCUGCAUGCCUGCUGCAAAGUGCAGGCUCCCCUAGCUGAGGGAAAGUGCCGAGUGCCCAAGAACAAUUUGGCUGCAGGGAUGUUGUAGGUUUUUCGGGCUAUAUGGCCAUGGUCUAGAGGCAUUCUCCCCUCAAUUUGGCUGCAGCUGUACAAAAAAGAGGACCCAUCUCUUUCCUAGAUCUCCAGCAUCCUUGCCACAGAUCCAGUAUACGUGACCUGGGAGAAAGGUAACUGCUUUUUGCUGCCAGCUACUAAAGAGGCAGCUCAGUGCUUCCUAAGGUCUCACACUCUUCAUAGAUUACUAAAUGGCCAAAGCAGUGUGUAUCUGUCCAGUUAGUUGCACUCCCUGCAGGGCUAAAGUGAGCAGGCAGUGGAAGAGCUCAGUGAAAAGGCUACAUCCAAGUUCUGGAAGGUGAACGAGCUCCGACUUGCUAGAGAGGUAAAAAAAUACUAAAAGCCAGGGAAGAGAGGGGGUGUCAUGUCUGUAACAAAAGGAAGAACAAGGAAAUUGUAGGACAUACAAGUGGUGGCAAAAUGUUAACACCUUCGUUGCCUCAGUCUUCUCCCAAAAGUUUAACAGUAUUCAACUUGGGGAGGAUGGACACAGUAGGGGAAAUGCAGUGCAGAAUAGGUAAAUAAUAAUCUGGCUUAAGUAAGUGAAUUCAGGUCUCCAGGGCCAGAUGAACUACAUCCAAAGAUAUUAAAAGCAGUGGCAGAAGUCAUUUCAGAACCACUGGCAAUAAUCUUUUGAGAAUUCCUGGGGAACAAGAAAAGUUCCAGCAGACCGGAAGAAGGCAAAUGUUGUCCCCAUCUUCAAAAUGACCAAAAAAAGAGAACCCAAACAGUCAGCUGGCAUCAAUGUCAGGAAAGGUUCUGGAGCAGAACAUUAAAGUGGCAGUCUGUAAGCACUUACAAAGGAAUGCUAUACUCACAAAAAGUCAAUGUGGGUUUCUCAAAAAACAAGUCAUGCCAGACUUAUCUCUCAGUUUUGACAGAGCUACAAGAUUGUAGAUGAAGGGAAUGCUGUGGAUUUAGCAUAUCUUGAUUUCAUUGAUGCCUUUAACAAGGUUACUCGUGACAUUUUUACAAAGAAGCUAAUAAAAUAUGGGCUAAACAAUGCUAUGCUUAGGUGCAUUUGUAAUUGUUUGAGCGACAGAACCCAAAAGGUGGUCACUAAUGGUUUCUGGAAAGAAGUGACUAGUGGUCGUGACAGAGUUCUGUCCUGGGCCUAGUUCUAUUCAACAUCUUUCUUAAUGACUUGGACCGAUGCUUAUCAAAUUUGCAAAUGACACCAAAUUGGAAAGGAUAGCUAAUACCCCAGAUGACAGAAUGAAAAUUCAAAAUGACCUUAAUAGAUUAGAGAACAGUUCAUUAAUUUCAACAGGGAGAAAUGCAGUACUACAUUAAGGCAAUAAAAAUAAAAUGCACAGAUAUAGAUUGGGUAACAGGGAAGGCAGCCAAAAUAAUCAAAGGUUUGAAAGCAAAACCUUAUGAGGAACAGCUGAGGGGACCUGGAUAUAUUUCGCUUGGAGAAAAGAAGGCUGAGAGGGGACGUGAUAACCAUAUGGAAAUAUUUGAAAGGAUGUCACAUUGAGGAGGGGAUAUGCAUGUUUUCUGAUGCUCUGGAGACAAGUACAUGGAGCAAAGGAUACAAACUGACAGUAACUUCCUGACAGUAAGAGCUGUUUCACAGUGGAAUAUGCUGCCUUGGUGUGUGGUGGAGUCUCUAGAGGUUUUUAAGUAGAGGCUGGUUGGUCAUCUGUCAGGGGUGGUUUGAUUGCAAUUCCUGCAUGGCAAGGUGUUGGACGGGAUGCCCCCUUUGGUCUCUUCCAACUCGAUAAUUCUAUAAUGUUACAUAGGCCACUGAACCAGAUUUCUCACUUCUGUGUCCCUAGUGAAGCUCUUCUACAAAAGAAAUCAGUUGAUAAGAAUUAUAUCAAACCAUUUAAAUCAUCUGAGCAUCACUGUUUUUGGAUUAGGCCAUCAUCAAGCCAGCAGAAAGAAUAUUUUGAUACAUGUCCAGUGGAAUUUGAAGUAGUGAAACAUUUUGGGCUUCCCAACCCUCCACACACACAUAUAUACAUUCUUGCUCCUUUUGCUUAUAUCCUCUCUGUAGAGGUCUUGAUCAAUGAUUCACUCUAUUUCUUAAUGGAUUAGGAUCCAUACAGUGGGUAAAGAAUUUCAAUGUUCAGCCACCUUCAAAUCUACUUUAUUUCAGAACAUUGACUCAGCUUGGAGGGAAAUCAAUGGGAUGCUGUGUUUGAACAUCCUCCAUCAGUGUGUGUAGUCCACGAGACUACACUUCCUCAAGCAAACACCAUUGAUUCCUUACUUUCUUCUUUGAGCCCUUGUUGCUGUGCACUAAAAAGGUUAACUUUCUCCUUCAACUUCAUGUUUUCUGAUAUUUUCAGAUAUCUGUAUUCAUGUUCCCUCAAUUUGAUUUGCCAUAACAUUCUCAUUCUCUCUCUCUCCCUCCCCCCCCCCCCCCUCUCAAUAUCUAUCUAUCUAUAUAUGUAUAUAGAUAUAUUUGGUGUCAGGAGCAACUUGAGAAACUGCAAGUUGCUUCUGGUGUGAGGGAAUUGGCCAUCUGCAAGGACGUUGCCAAGGGGACGCCCGGAUGUUUUACUAUCUCAAAGGGAGGCUUCUCUCAUGUCCCUGCAUGGGAAUCUGGAACUGACAGAUGGGAGUUCAUCCUGCUCCCUGGAUUCGAACAGCCAACCAUUCAGUCAGCAGUCCUUCUGGCACAAGGGUUUAACCCAUUGCACCACUGGGGGGGGGGGAGGAAGGGGCUCAUUCAAAUGAGCAACUACACUUCAAUAGGAGUACUCUUGAAAUUAAAGAGCCAGUGGAAGGAGAAUUUCAAAUGCCCCACUUUUGUACAACAGUGGCUUUUUGUGUGAGUAGGGCUUCCUUACCGCUAUACACUGUCAGUUUGAAAUAGAUCUUUGUGUGUGUGCACCUGUAUGUAGAAAUAGCUGCACAUGUCUGUAUUUUCCUUUGUGCAUAUGUAAUUCCCUGUUCAUUAUGUGCACAGAUCCAUAUACAUAGAUUUAUGCACUUGUUUGCUUAGGCUUAAGGCCAAAUUUAUAUGAUGCCAUGCUAAAUAUGGGUGGCAGUCAACCUAGUUUGGCCCUUAUAGUCUUUCAUUGUCUGUCUAUAUGUAUACGAAUAUACCAAACAUCCUAAUUUCUAAACAGUGAAAGCAUUAGAAUAGAGGCAAUAAAGGUAGAAGCAAUGGGAGGCAUAUAGGUAGAAUAGUAGCAUGAUUUCCCCAAGAUUUAAUUUGACAGAUAACAAAAAUAAUUUCUCUCACUUGUAAUAGACUUCUUAGGAGUUUUGUUUGUUUGUCUUUACAGAAAGCUGGAGGGAAUAUAUCUCUAAAUUUCACAAUAGCUGCUUCUUGUUUGUAAAUUCUGUGGUAAUGAAGGCAACGGUCUUGGUAUCAAAUACCUAUCCAAAUAUUAUAUAUGUGACAUGUGUGUACGUGCUUUUGCUUGCCUCUCAUUGUAUACAAACAUGUAUGCAGGCACUGUACAUACCCAUGUUUGUUGUCAUGUAAGGAUAUCCACACAUUUACCCAAAUGAAUGAAGCAUAUUUUGUAUUAUACAGGCACCAGAAAGCAGGCAUAAGGUGUAGUACCCUAUCUAAAUAGUAUCAUCUCAUGACUCAUAAGAGGGAUGGCUCCCACAUGCAAAUUGUGUAUACUUGGAUAAAUCCUUCAAGGAAAUAUCUGUCCCACAUUUGAAAAGCUUUGAUGUGAGGGACAUAACUAGCCUGGUAGUAUUACCCUAGCAUUUUUCUGGGUGUAUUCACUUUCUACAUGCUGGGAUAUUUUUGACAAGAAGGAAGUUUUUUGACAAACAAUCCCCCAUGUGCAUUUUGAUCUGCUCUGCUUGUGUGGAAAUACAGCCUGCUUCCCAGCCUGAAUGGUUUGGAGGCUGAAAUAAGAAGCAUUUUGGGAAGGGGGGUUGUUCUCUUGCUGACAGAAUAUAAACUCUACUUAGGCAUCUCUAAACAUGGACACACAUUACUGUAGUAUUUCUCACCCUUUUUCAUGAUUCUUCUCUUUUAAGAUUUAGGCUGAAAAAAUGUUUGAUUUAGGUUGCUUCUACACAGGAUUGGUUAGCCAGGUCUAAAUCUGCACUCAGAACAGCCCCAGAUUCAGCUCUUACUGCAGUGUUUCUCAACCUGUGGGUCCCUAGGUGUUUUGGCCUACAACUCCUAGAAAUCCCAGACAGUUUAUCAGCUGUUAGGAUUUCUGGGAGACGAAGGGCAAAACAUUGGGAGACCCACAGGUUAAGAACCACUGACUUGCUGCAUCUACCCAUCUGGUCUGUGCUCUGCCUUUGCUCCUGGCCAACCAUGGGGACUCCAGGCCAUCACCAGCACCUCUGCCUGCAUGAUCAGUAAGAAAUGGGAAAGGGGGUGAAUGCACCUCCAUAGUCAGGUAGGAGUACUAAUGGUGAUACUGAUAUAGUCUAUCUCUUUCUCCUGCUCUGAUCAGCACAGGGAAAGGGUGAUGAUGGCAGUGUAUUCUACCCCCCCCCCCAAAAAAACCCCCACACAUUUUGCUUAAAGCAGAGCAAAAUUGAACUGUAGCGCCAUAUAUAUAUAUAUCCCUACCAUAUUCAGUACAAGCCACUGUGCCAGAGACUGCCAGAGAUCCAUUCAUGCUGAGUGAUGUUUGGGGCCAGUGUAGACAGGUCCCGAGAGCUGGAAAAAUACCAGUGUAGAUAGAGUUGCUGUGAGUCCUUGGAGACAUUUGUGUAUAAUAUAGUAAGGUAUAAUGAUGAGGAAAGCUACAGUGCACAAUGUGACUGUCUUGAGAUGGGAAGGUAGCCCUCACCAGACAUGUGCAGGCAAUAGUAGCAGUCUACAAAAUAUUUACCCUGCCAUAAUUGUAACUAUUUAAUAAAAGUAGUGCAAAUUUUAAAAAUUGGCUGCUGAAAACAUGGAAUAAUUAUGCCUUCCAAUCAUUAGUGAUUUAAAUAUUCCAGUUAAACAUUCAAAUUAAUAAAUAAAAUGUCCUGCCUAUAGUCUUGCUGACACAGACAAUGAAUAAGAGAAGCCACCCAUAAAAAUGCUACCAAAUGUGUUUACUGUGUGUGUUAGUAUCCUCUUUGACAGAUUUGCUUUGAGUAAAACAAGGUUGAGUAUUGUGUGGCUCUCUCCCAGAAAGCACAACUCCUAGAAAUCCUUGGUACUAACUAUGCCAGAGAGGACUGCUGGGGAGCCACACAGUUCCUACCUCAGACUUCUUUAAAUCAAUACCCAUAAACCGCUCCAGAAGCAGCACUCAGACCUAGAAUCCCCUUAUUUGGAAACUCCCUCUUCUUUCCUCCAAGAGAAUGUGGAUCCUAAAUGCAUAGUGCAGCAACGGUUGUCAGUUUUUCAAAUGGCAGCAUUUUGUAAACAGAAAAUAUGAAAUCUGAGCCCACUUUCAUAAAAGACCUGGUGUUGUAUGUAGCAGUCCUUUGAGAGAAACCAUAAAGGGAUCUGCACAGUUCUUGCAGGGUAGGUGGGCCUAACCUGCCUAGGAAUGUUUCCUGUAUUGCUUCAGGCAUUCUUUCUCAUGGCCAUCUUUUCCCCAAGAAUUGAAUUACCAGGAACAUAACGGAGCCUGCUCUUAUUAGGCAGCUGCCUGACAAACUGCUCUAAGAUGUUCUGCUUGUUCAAUGGCUGGCCUGGCGUCUUAUGCUCUCUUGGUCUUUUGGCAAUCGCUGUGAUUAUAGAGGGGCCGAGUGAUGGAGUGAUGAAUAAAAUUACCAUCCAUCUGUAGUGAGAACACAUCAGAGCAUCCUGAGAACGACAAAUGUUUCAUCUCUUCCAUUCUAACCACAGCUGACACUGUUUGCUGCAACGCUAGUUACAAAUGCUUUGGUAGCCUAUACCUGGAGUAGAAUACAGAUCUCCACAAUUGACAUACAUGGGCAGAGCUAAGUAAUAAUGAUGAUGAUACUAGUAAUAAUAAUAAUAUAAUAUAAUAAUAAAACUUCAUUUAUACCCCACCACUAUCUCCAAUAGGGACUUGGGGUGUCUUACAAAGCACUCAGAGGUGCAAAACAUGCAAUAUACAGAAAGUGCAAAGACAACAACACAAAGCAACAACUACCAGCCUAAACAUCCCAAAACCUCCCUGAUUAAGUAAAGGGGGCCUGCUCUUCUAACUUCAUUUUAGAGUUGAAGCCAUCCAGGUUUCUUAACAUCUCACUUUAAUAAGUCUCAUGUCCAUUGGUGUCAUUGUCUAAUUUUCAUUAGCAUCAUCUUCUGUGUCAUUACUAACAUUCUCACUCUGUUUUAAACAGUCUGUGGUAUUUGAUCGGAAGCCCACUGAAACUCACAACAGCCUGUGAUUAGUCACCAUGAAUUUUUAGUGUUGCAUAAGAACAGUCUGGGAAUCCAGAAAUCUAAACAAUGAAUGGACAGUGCAGCGGAUUUUUUAGGCAGUAUAAAAUGUAGCCCACGGGCUUAUUUUCUUUGUUAGUGUCCAUGAACUUGAAAGUUAUGGCAGUGACGGUUUUGAUUCCUUAUAAAUGGUGUUCCGAGCAUUUUAAGAUCUGUGGCUUUUGUUAUGCUCCCCCUUUCUUUUCUUUUCUUUCCUUUCCUUUUCUUUUCUUUUCUUUUCUUUCUUUCUUUCUUUCUUUUUUUUUUUUUUGCUUUGCUUUGCUUUCAAUUUUUCAUCUAUCCGUGUGUCACAACACAUUUUCAGCCACAAAAGCAAGGAAAAUCAUCCUUCAGAGGAAAAGAAAAGCAGAGCACUCCUUACAUAUCUCAGCUGGUCUCCCACACUGCUAGUAUCAAAUUUAAAUCUAAAUGGUAUUGAGAUUCAUGACUACUAUCAAUCUUACAUUCCAUUCUAUAGGAUCUGAACUUCUAUCUCCUAUACUUGCUCUUUUCAUACCUUCAAUAUUACAUUUGAAUGCAUCCCCAGUGGCACAAUAGGUUAAACCCUUGUGCCGGAAGGUCUGCGGUUUGAAUCCAUGGAGUGGGGUAAGCUCUCGUCUGUCAGUUCCAGUUUCCCAUGCACAGACAUGAGAGAAGCCUCCCACAGGAUGGUAAAACAUCUGGGAGUACCCUGGGCAACAUCCUUGCAGACAGCCAAUUCUCUCACACCAGAAGCGACUUGCAGUUUCUCAAGUCACUCCUGACAUGAAAAAAAAAAUCAUAGUACAUAAAGGUCUUAAACAUACAGGUGUUUAAAAUCUCAUGGAUUACAUAUUGAUUAUUUGGAAAUCAUAUCUUUGGUCUGUAUUGGCUGGCCAUUCUAUAAAGCUCACAUAGUAAACAUUUUUACAGUUUAUUCACAGAAAAAUAAUUUAAAGUUAAUUUGAAUAUCUAAGAGAUCACUUUGAAAGGUGAAAAUGGUGGUUUGUACGUGUGUGUUCGUGGUUUGUGAGUGUUCAGAAAGGAUACUGUAUUUGGAUCUGAAAUCUGCAAAUUGUAAUUGAGUGAGAGCCUGCCUUGAGGAGUGAAAAAUAAUGACAACAAAGUACUUGUUAUUUGUUAAGAUAUUAGUAAAGCUGUUAGGGAAAAAAUGCUUUUUAGUUUGGUCUUGAAAUGAAAAUUCAUAUUCUGUUAUGUAUUUAAUCGAUAUUUUGGUAUAAUGUAUAAGAAGUAAAGUGAUCUAUGUGCCAGACUGGUUUAGAUAUAGGUGUUUGGAAUGGGAUGGGGUGGGAUGGAAUCCUUCUUGAAAUUAAAUAUGGCUUUCAAAAAGCAA